AUGGCUUCAGCAGCUGGCUCGAUAUUGUACACAUUUGAAGGACAAGCUCUGGUUCUACCAUUGGAGAAUAAGCUGACUAAACCGGACGAUAUGAUUGGUUUAACGGGUGUGCUUUCAGUUGGUAUGUGCUUGGUGGUGGCUGUUAAUUCAGCAUUCGGAUUUUUCGGCUAUAUCACUUUUGGAGAGAACGUGAAAGGUAGUAUCACGCUGAAUUUACCACCUACAAUGAUUCUGACGGCUGUGAAAGUAUUGAUAACACUGAUUGUCUAUGUUGGUUUCGUGCUACAACAAUACGUCAUUGUUGAGACGCUUUGGCCAACGAUUAAUGAGAAGUUAGCUGAGAGCAAAUGGACGCCUUCUGCAGCAAACUACAUGCAAUAUGUAUUCAGAGGAUUUCUUGUUUUCUUAUCAAUGAUAGUCGCAAUUGCUGUACCGGAUCUGUGGCAUAUUGUGCCGUUGGUUGGCACCGUUUGUGGAAUGAUUCUUGCGUUUGUUUUGCCAGCCUUUAUCGAUACGAUUAUAUUUGUGCCCGAUAUGAUGAAGAGGCAGGAGUCGAAGUGCUCGAUUGUGAUACGCAUUCUCUCGAAUUCUUUCUUUAUUGUUUUAGGUUUAUUCGUAUUGCUCGUCGGUUUAGAUUCAAGUAUUCGGGACAUUUUGAAUCAUUGGUUCGUGCCAGCUGAAUAUGAGUCUCGAAGUUCAUCUGUAGAAAUGGUUACUGAUUAA